GCGACUUGCAGAGCCCCAGGUGUGUAUGCGAGAGAUCGAUCUUAGACCGCCGACUUAAGCCAUGUUCCUGGUCAGCCCUAAUUUACGGCGGCGUAUGCCUUCCUCAUGCUGCGUUUUCUCGAGUUAGGGUUUUUCCUUCCAUCGAUUCCCCCGCUAAACCCUUCCUCCUGGAAAUCCCCAUGUUCUAUUCAAAAUCUCAUCUUUUUUGGUAAAUUAUAAUUUACUUUGUGUUUUAUGUUUAUUGAGUCUUGGGUGAGAUGAAAGUUUGAAUUCUUUAUAAAACUUCAUCGUCGGCAGGAGAUCUACUUUAUUUAAUUAAAUUGAGGUCAUAGAGAUGAGAAACAUGUCCGAUAUGAGUAGUAACUGCGGUGCUCGGUAUGCGAGGUCAUUCUUGAUGUCAUGGUUUGUACCAUCACUGCUGCUACUGCUUUUAAACUGAACAAGGUCUAAAGUUCUAUUCCAGUGCUAUCGGAGCUUUUAGGUUCCAGUUUGUGUAUAAGAAUUGAUCUAGUAGAUAGAUAUGGAAGCAAACAUCGGAAAGGAAUCGGAUAGAGUUGUGCUUAAUCAGAAGCGGAAGCGGGCUACUCGAUAUGCUGCGUAUCUAAGUGAAGCUCCCCGUGAGGUUUUGCAACACUGCCCAUCCAUAACGUUGCCAAUGAAAAAGCUUCUGAAGCAGAGGAGGCUGGAUGGGUAUGAAAACAAGCUGACAAGCAAUGAGACUCAUUUUAGACAAUCUUUACUUAGAUGCUAUUUGAACUUUAAGAAAAGUGGGAGGCUUGAACGUUUGCUGUUUUAUCAGAAUAAUGAAUGGAAAGACUACCCUCAGGAUAUUAUUGAUGCGGUCAGGAAAGAUUUUGAGGUAAAGAAUGCUGCUGUGGAGAUUGAGUUUGAUGACCGUCAGGUUGUGCUAGAUUUUUUGCAUAUGUAUGAGAUGGACUUGAAAACUGGUUCGCAGCGGCCUAUUGCCUGGCUUGAUGAGGCCGGCUGCUGCUUCUUUCCUGAAGUUUAUGCUACUUCGGAUGAUGAACUGUAUGAAAGUGGGAAAAUUUAUGAUCAUUAUGAAUCUAAUGAGUCUUAUGAAUCUAAUGAGAUAAACUUGCAUUUAGAAAUUGAAAUAAAUGGAGUUGGCGAAUCUAACCUGAGGGAAUGUAGUGGGGAAUCUAAUGCUCUAGUUAAGCAUAUUCAUAUUGAUGCAAAAACUGCCAGCAAUCAAUAUGAUGUAGACAUUGAAGAUAGCAGUAAUAAUCCUGAUAACGGAACUGUUGGUGAAGCUACUGAGAAAAAUCUAGAGUUAGGUUUAGAUAAUUAUUCCAAAUCUGUAAAUGGUAAGUUGGACAUAAAUACUGUACAGGAGUUGUUUCUUAAGGGAAUGAGUAGUCUUGGAAGUACAAACAUAGUUGAAAUAUACAGCUGCUCAAGCACUCUGCUGCCAGCUCGAUUGGAACUAUUUCAGAAGCAAGUUGAAAUUACAGAAAAAUGCCGGGGGAAUGCAAAUGUUCAAUAUGCAUGGCUGGCUUGUUCAAAAACUGAAUUGUCUACAAUUAUGAAGUAUGGGUUCGGGCAUUCGGUGUAUGGCAAUGGUGUGCAUCUUGCAGCUGCUAACUGCCCUUACAGCAGGGCAAGUUAUUGUGAUGUUGACGAAAAUGGAGCACAGCACAUGGUGUUAUGUCGUGUAAUAUUGGGGAACAUGGAACUUCUUUGUCCUGGCAGUAGACAGUUUCAUCCCCGUAGUAAUGAUUAUGAUAGUGGGGUGGAUGAUAUUGAAAGCCCCAAAUGCUUUACAGUGUGGACUAUGAACAUGAAUACUCACAUAUAUCCAGAGUUUGUCGUUAGUUUCAAGGUUGCUUCUGAUUUUGAAGGCAAAUGUUAUGAAAUUGAGAGCAAGCCUGAUAUAUCUGGGGUUACUACUGCUGCCGGUCUUCAAGGUCCUCAAGGCUUUGUACAUACAGAGUCUUCUACAGUAGAUAUGCUACAUGAGGUACCUCAGGGGAAGGUUGCGAGUGCAUCUGCUAGCACUUCAAGAGCUCCAAAGUCCCCUUGGAUGCCAUUCCCUAUGCUUUUUGCUGCUAUCUCUAAUAAAGUUCCUCUCAAGGAUAUGGAGCUCAUCAAUUUAUAUUAUGAACAAUUCAGGGCAAAGAAGAUAGCCCGAGAUGAUUUUGUGAAGAAGCUGAGGGUGAUAGUAGGAGAUAAUCUGUUGAGAACUACAAUAACAAACCUUCAAGGCAAGAUGCCAUUCAAAUCAUCGAGUGAAUCAACGAAGAGCAACACAACUGCAGUGAAGCCUGAGGUUGCCUCUGAAUGGGAGGUUAGAGAUCUGACUCUGGGGUGAUGUCUUUGGAUUGCAUUAUGUGUCGACAUGAAGCUGUGAAUAUCAUCUUUACCUGUUUCUGGACAGUCUAGCUUUUAGGCUUGAGACUUUUACUUUGCUGUCUGUGACUUUUGUACCCAAAGUUGGUUGAUACUGUGGUCAUUAGAGUUUAUUUUGAUUUAGUCGUUACAAUGGCAUUAUUUGUUGAACUCGUACCUUGAAGAGUUGAAGUAGCUUAUAAUUUGCGACUCGACGUUAGAUAUUUGCCAUGCAUUUUCUGAAUUGUAUUUUAACGUGUGAA